GAUUCCUCUUUCCCGAAAAUCGUCUCCUUUUAGGACCAAGCGGCCCUCUCGACCUUCCUUGCUAGCUCUGGCAAGGUACCAAGUAGCACAAGUGCCGACUAGCCAAUGGGGUUCAGGGGGAGGUCCCUGAGCUCUGACCAGUCAAACACACUCGCCUUCCUUAUAUGGCAGCUGAUCUCCAUGGUAACGUGUGCUAAGUUGCAGCAGUCGUGUCAAAGUUCACUAUAUAGAGAGCUCAGUGAGCUGAUCAGAGAGAAAGCAUUCUGCCAGCCCGGCUCCUACCAAUCGCAAAUCACUUCCUAACCUCCGCCUUUUUAACAUAUUUGAUCACUUUGAUUCUCUACUCCUUUUUCCUAUUAUUUUUCAGUCCACGGAGGAGGUUUGUAGGUUGUGAUCUUUGUUUUUUUUUUUUUUUGGUUUUAGUGCUUUCGCUUUUUUGGGGGGAGAGUUGUCUUCAUAUUCCAGGCUCUCAAAACAUUGGCUUCAGCUGCGCGCUUGUUGGCGCUACCUCAUAGGAAGAAAAGGAAGAAGACGCAUUUUUUUUUUUUACCCAGUUGGUGAUUUUCUUCAAGACUUGUGCUGGAACUUGAUAGUAGCUGCUACAGUGUUCUCACCACCACCAACUGUUUUAUGCUGCUGCAGGCACGGUCUUUACCAAACCUGCUCCAUCGUUCACUGAAUAGCCCAUGCUACCUCGGUUGAUUAUUUUAAUAUUUAGACUACCUUUCCCAUUGAUGGGUGUACUGGAUGGCUGACUGUAAGCGCCCCUGGACUUGGCCUUUAAGCGCAAGGCAGCGACUCAGCUCGCCAUCGCAUCAGUUUUGAAAACGUGCUUCGCAACGUCUCCAACAGCAAUAAAUCGACAGUUUUUCGGGAGAUCGAGAGUGGAUUCAACGUAGGCUAGAUUUGACAUUUUGUGUGUCCAGCUGUUAAUCACAGUUUUCCGCGUUUCCUUGAGACAUUGUUCACCGCGACACCAAAACGGCAGACAAAAAGUUUCUUUACGUUGACUGAUAGAUAUGGCAAUGGUAGUGUGGAGAGGCUCCCAGGACGAUGUGGCUGACACCCAAGGCACCCUUUCCUCGCAAACCCAAGGAGGACUAUCUCUUCCCACCCCUCAACCAGGCCAGUUGAAUCUGACAGCCUCUCAGGUCGCCCCUCCGACCCCUCAGACUCCGGUCCAAGGACCCCCGAACAACACACAGUCCACGCCGACGAACCAGACGACGCAGCAGUCGGAGAAACAGCCACAGCACAUUGAAUGUGUGGUCUGUGGGGAUAAAUCAAGUGGCAAACACUAUGGCCAAUUUACUUGCGAGGGGUGCAAAAGCUUCUUCAAACGGAGCGUACGACGGAACCUCACUUACACAUGCCGUGCCAACAGGAAUUGUCCAAUCGACCAACACCACCGCAAUCAGUGUCAGUACUGCCGCCUCAAAAAAUGCCUUAAAGUCGGCAUGAGACGGGAAGUUUCUCUUUUUACUGCAGCCGUGCAAAGGGGACGUGUGCCACCCACGCAGCCACACCACGGUCAGUUCGCCUUGACAAAUGGAGACCCACUGCACUGCCAUUCCUACUUAUCCGGAUAUAUCUCUCUUCUGUUGAGAGCGGAGCCCUACCCGACGUCCCGGUAUGGCAGUCAAUGCAUGCAGCCCAACAACAUAAUGGGCAUCGAGAACAUUUGUGAACUAGCAGCCAGGAUGCUCUUCAGCGCCGUGGAGUGGGCCAGGAAUAUUCCCUUCUUUCCAGACCUUCAGAUCACCGACCAGGUGGCUCUGCUGAGGUUGACGUGGAGUGAGUUAUUUGUGCUCAACGCCGCGCAGUGCUCCAUGCCCCUGCAUGUGGCUCCUCUCCUGGCGGCGGCUGGCCUUCACGCCUCCCCGAUGUCUGCGGACAGAGUCGUGGCCUUUAUGGACCACAUUAGGAUCUUCCAAGAACAAGUGGAAAAGCUCAAAGCUUUGCACGUUGACUCUGCUGAAUAUAGCUGCUUAAAGGCAAUUGUGCUCUUCACCACAGAUGCUUGUGGCCUCUCAGAUGUGGCCCAUGUGGAAAGUUUGCAGGAGAAGUCCCAGUGCGCCCUGGAGGAAUAUGUCCGGAGCCAGUAUCCCAACCAGCCAACACGGUUUGGGAAGUUGUUACUCCGCUUGCCUUCCCUCCGCACAGUCUCUUCCUCGGUCAUAGAACAGUUAUUUUUCGUCCGAUUGGUAGGUAAAACCCCAAUUGAAACUCUCAUCAGGGAUAUGUUGCUUUCGGGGAGCAGUUUUAACUGGCCUUACAUGUCAAUUCAGUAAACCAAGGUGGAGACGAACAAACAAAAGGUGGGGUUGGUGGGGGUUGUUGGUGGUGGUGGUGGUGGGGAGUGGAAGGGAGGGGGGUGGGGGGGGGGCUGCGAGACUACAAUGAUUAUAGCUGCUUUUUUGGAAGGAAUAAAAAACCAACCGGCUGUUACACGGGGCUGGCUUUCAUGAAGAAAGACAUUGACGUAAAUGACUGUGAAUCCCCCCCCCCCUCCGCAAAAAAAAGAAAAGAAAAAGAAAAAAAAUCGAGACAUCCACUGAACUUUCAAAAUGGCAGAUUCAAGCUCCCAGUGUUCAUGCAGAACUACCUGCUUCGAUUCAUUUUUUUUUUAAUGAAAGAAGAAAACGAGGAAAAAAGGAAAAGGGAUUUUGUUUGUCCUUAUAAGGAAAAUUUAAGUAUUAAGUGCAUUUAAAAAUGAUAAUUUGGGUAAAAAAAUUUAAAAAAAAAACAGGAGAAAGGGAAAAUACAAAACGUGAAUUUUCUUUUUCUCAAAUGACUUGUCCUGUGUCCAUGUAUAGCUGUGUUUUGUACUUUCUUUGUUCCUCCUUUCUGGUUCCAAACCGGCCUAUGUGAUUUCUGUAGUACAGGUGGUGUUAUUUUCUAAGACAAUGAUUUAUUUUGAGAAGGUGAAAUAAUGUUGAAAAAAAGGUUCUAAGAAGAAUUAAAACCACAGCAAUAGGAGUGUAGGCUUAUAAUUUAGGCUUAAUGCUGCAAGCGCACUUAUGUUCUUAGGAUGACCAAUACCAUCUGGGAAAAAAGAGGAGGUUUUUAGACUUCAUGUCCAACUUUAUGACCCUGCAGAAACAGUUCUGCUCUUUAUCGAUAUGAAGUUACAGGAUCCGCUUUGGUUUCUUUUGUCAGAAAGUCUUCCCCAUUUCGUCCACCUCUGAAUAUUUGGCUUCAGUUCCCCCAGUAUGGAUACAAAAAAUAAAAGAAAUCCUACAAGUUGCCUGGACAUGCUGUUCUAAAAGGCACUUGAGACAGGUUGCUCUAAACGCACUGUGGUUGCAUUUUAGGAGCAUUCGCAGUGGCUCAAACUGCACCGAAAACAUAAAUGACUUGUUUCCAAAAAAAAUUAAAUAAACAUUGGAGAGGUCAGGGGUCAUAAAAGUUUGAAGUCUAGCCAGAGUAGUGUUUAAUAGCAGUAUUAUUAAAGCUUCCCUGAAAUGUCACCCUUUAUUCACUUCAAGCAUUAAGUGCCUGACAAGCAUGAUGUGAUUUCUUAUCAAAACGUUGUUAAAGUAGGCCAACAACAUUUUGGGGAACACAAUUAGAUUUGAAACUUCAGUCGUGUAUUUCGCUCGAAAAACACUGAUUAGAGGCAGUAUUCUUGUAAAUAUAGGUCAAUUCAUUUCAAUGAGUUUUUCCUUUAUACAAAGUAUAUGUGAUUAAGAAAAAUCUGUGGUUGCCAUUUUUUUUUCUCUCGGUAAUACAACGUCUUCAAAAUUGAGUGGCAGACUUAGCUAGUAGCACUGAAAGUUAUGUUUUUAAUGUAUAUACAUAUUACUACAAAAUGUUUUCUUUUUCAUGUAUAUUUAGACUGUGAAUGCAUGGCCACAGGUCGCUAACCUAUUUUACCUUUGAUAUAUAAAUGUAAAUGUUUUUUCUCUCUCUUUUUUGACUGUAUAGAUAUAAUCUGUGCAUUCAGUACACUAGCCCUUGUAUUUAAAGAAACAAAAAAGAAAAAGAAACGACGUUCAUUAUUAGGCUACAGACUUAAACAGGGUGAACAGGUUUGGAAAAGGAGUUGAUAUUUUAACUUUAGUGUUAUUGCUCCUUUGGUCUUUGACAGGUGCCGUGGGUGUGCGUGAGCGUGCGCGCGCGCGUGUGUGUGUGUGUGAAUGUGAGUCUGCGCGCGCGUGUGUGCGUGAGUGCGUGCGUGCGCGCGCGUGUGUAUUUGGAAGCUAGCAAUUUUGUCCUUGUUUUGAGGCUUUUCUUCAACACACACAAAAACACCAUGUUGUGGUUGAAUUAAAAAGGGAUCACUGAUUGAACACUGAUCUUUGGCUGUUCGUAGCCACAUAUGGACCAGAGAAUGAUACAUGAUUGUAAUUAUGAACAGUUUAAACUGACCCACGUUUUUAUAUAAAUAUAUAAAAAUAUAUGACUGCAGGGUAUUGAUAACGUAUAGAUACUUUUUUUAUGAUUAUUAUUAUUAUUAAUUGCAAGUGAUAUAUGUGAGUGUGUGUGAAAGUUUAUAGUUGAACACAAUUCUUGUUUGUUUGUGUUAGCUUAUUGUAAACAAGCAUUCUGCUGUAAAUUUGUUCUUGGUAUUAAAUUAUAAUUUAUGAAUUUGAAAA